UGUUGUUGACGCCAUAUUGCAAUUUUUGGCAGGUGAAGUCGGACAAGGCUUCUCAAAUUUCUUCUUAUUUCGCCAUUUUAAGAAAGAUAAAGAUGUAUCAACAGGAAGAAAGUAUCUACAACCUCAUUCCUCGUGAGGAAGUAAAAGCACAGAAACAAAAAAGACACUUGUCUAAAUUCAAGGGAAUGGUAACAGAUGAGGAUAAAUCCAACAAGGCCGCAUACAAGACAAUGGGACCAGCCAAGGUGCCCAUUCAGACCACUGAUCAAUAUCUCAAAAAGCACGAGAAAGAACCACAACUUCCACAAAAAUCAGAAUUCAAAUACAGCGAUGCUGAAAGGAAGAAACCCCCAGUACCAGCUAAAGAGGAGAAGCCAGUCAUGGGCUUGAGAACCACCAAAAACUUCAUCACUACGAAUGCUGUUGAGAAUAUCAUGUCUGUCCCGAAGAAUCCCGAACACAUUUAUGUUGAUACAAAGAAGGGAGACAAGCAUACGUUGGAUCAAUCUGGCCUUGCGCCAAAAUAUGUCAACAAAAAGGAUUUUGGUAAAACUCCGAUGUAUCUCUCAAAGAGAAAAGAUGAGAUCAAACGCGCCCAGGAAGAGUAUGAUGCAUACGUCUCUGAAAACUUCCGACGAGGAGCAAUGAAGCUGUUAUCAGAAUCUGAACGCCAGUUAAUAUUGGACGGCCUAAAGACCAACUGGGAGGAACUUCAUCAUCAAUAUCAGGGACUCUCUGUUGUCACGGACACCGCACCAAAAAAGAAUCGCAAGGAGCGCAUGGAGGCGGAGAUGAAGCAGCUAGAAAGUGACAUUGAAACCAUCGAGAAACAUCCUUAUAUCUACAUAGCAAACUGAAGUGAUUGAAUUCAGUAAAUUAAAGACAAUAGAAUGAAAAUGACUUGAUUGGUCUGGUGAAUAAGUGGGUAUUAUUCCUCCUUGCUUUUAAGGCAAACUGUUCCAGAGUGACGUUGUGUAAUAUAUUAUAUUAAAUUUGUAUAUGUAUCUAAA